GAGUUUUCAUGGAAUGAUCUCCUUUUCUUCUUAUACCAAUGUGUUAAAUCACGUGCAAAAUUCACAUCCGAGAUUCCGAACAAGUUAGCUUGUAAUCUGGUCUCCCGAUUCGGGAAAUAUUAGACUAACGACUCUGCCUCACCCUUCAUGCAACCCUACAUUAAACCCCUACAUUAAUCAUACAUAACCAGGAUUAACAAACGCCGGUCCGCUGAAUUUCGGAGCUUUACGGUGAUACAUUAUCAAAAUUCUCACCGUGGAAAAAAACGACAAGAUGCUAUGGUGUAAUGCAGGUUGAUCCACCCGCCUCUAUUGACAUGGUAGAAAGCAGGUCAAUUCAAUUCAUUUUAUCAAAUAAUGCACGUGACUAUUCACAUGGGACAAUCAUUAGAUUUCGGUAUCUGCUUUUAAAAUGUCUCAAACAGCCGUCGCAACCACGACCGGAGCGGUACCCCCAACUGUCACCGUCGACAAUAUCUCUGGCCGCUGGAGCAUGAACCUCCAACUCUCCGACUCCUAUGACAGCAUCCUCAAGAUCCAAGGCGUCAACUGGCUCACGCGAAAAGUCCUCAAUGUCGGCACCAUAUCCCUAAAAAUCACUCAAACCAUCUCUCCCCUCGAUUCCCUCACCCAUCUCGACAUCGAGUCCAAAUCCGGUGCCGGUCUCCCUGGUUCCGUUGAAAAUCGCAUCUUGAAUGACGAGACGAGAUCAAAAAAACAUCCGUUAUUUGGAAAUGUAGUGGGAAGAACUAGGUGGGCAGAGUUAAGCGAUUUGCCAUCAAAGUAUUUGGGGGAGGGGUGGGAAGAGGGGACUAAGAAGGUUGUGUUGAUGACUACGGAGCAUACGGAUAUUGGGGCUACGACGUGGCAGGCGGGAGGGAUUGAGAAAGAAAUGAAUGGGGAGAGGAGAUAUGUUAGACGGGUGGAGGUUAGGAAGGGGGAGGAGGUUUUGAUGGCGCGGAUCGUGUAUGAUUAUCUUGGUCCAUUGGAGGAGUAAGUUUUCUUUCGGGGAGGGAGUGGAGGAUUUCAGGGGGAUUGACUUCGGCCUGAGAUGCUUCAGUAUGAUCAUAGAUAAGAAUUUCCCUGAGAGAGUUUUCGUUGUAUCAUAUGUUGUGAGGUUUCGGGACUUGAAUUUCUUUCUUUUGGUGGGAAGGCUUUUGAAUGUUAUUCUUUCGUAUCUUAUCAUUAUUUCAGCUAGGAAGAUGCAAGGAGUUCUGCAUUGAGGUAUUAUAAGCAUGCAGAAACUUUCUUGAUGUACCCAAGCUGCAUUUGAAAACAACCAGCCAUCCAAACAUAUAAUAUUUAUAGCUACCA